UGACGGCGAGGUGGACAGGGUUCAAAUUAACAUAGGGAAGGACCCAAAACGCACGCACCGUCUCUGUGCAAAACAAUAGCAGACAUCCCUCUCACUUUAUGGUGCCUGCAUUUUUUCAGGGGCAAUUUGAAUAUAACUUUUUUUACAUUUCAAGCAUACAUUAACCAUAAUUUUUUAUGAAUCUUGCAAAUUUCUCUUACUUUUCGGGCAUGUGUAACAUGACUGCUGAGUCCCAGCAGUCGCCAGCCGAUGCGGCCAGCCCGCUGGUCAUGUCGCCUAACGUGAGUCUGGACUCCCCGAUACCGCCACCACCACUGAAACUGCCGGCCCGGACGAAGGACGGGGUUCUGAUCAAGUCUGAGCCCCGGGGACCUAGUCCAAACACGGACCGAGAGGAGGGAGCUGCUCUGGGUCAAACCGAGGAGCUCAUGCCCACCGGGAGUCGACGGAGGAAGAGGCCCGUUCAGAGAGGGAAACCACCCUACAGUUACAUCGCUCUCAUAGCCAUGGCCAUCGCCAACUCCCCCGAGAGAAAACUCACACUUGGUGGUAUUUAUAAAUUCAUCAUGGAACGUUUUCCCUUUUAUCGAGAGAACUCAAAGAAGUGGCAAAACUCCAUCCGCCACAACCUUACCCUCAACGACUGCUUUGUCAAGAUUCCCCGGGAACCUGGAAGGCCUGGUAAGGGAAACUAUUGGACUUUGGACCCCGCCGCUGAAGACAUGUUCGACAACGGGAGUUUUCUGCGGAGGAGGAAAAGAUUCAAGCGCACUGACGUAAGCACGUAUCCUGGUUAUUUGCAGAGCUCUAGCGCGUUCACCUCGACCUCCAUGGGCAGAGCGGCAUACCCCAACACCCUGUACCCAGGAAUAGGAUCGGGUUACGGAUCACAGCUGGCAGCUUCCCCCCACCCGGGGAUGCUGCAUCAUUAUCAGACCUCUGCCGGGGUUAGUCAAGGGCAGCCAAGAAUGUUCAGCAUCGACAACAUCAUCAGCCAGGAGUCGGUGAUGCAGGGAGGAGAGCUCAACCCCCUGGGGUUAGGCGGUGGAGACCUGGGCACCAUGUCAGCUAGCUGCUCCCUCACUGGCACUGACCCCUCCAAUUGCUUCCAGAUGCAGACUGUCAAUCCCUCAGGGAAUUCACUGGGCAGAGGCGGUGGAGGACUGUCAUCAAACCUGACACACGGGUAUCCAUACUCUUCCUCAGCAUCUCCUCCCCACCUGCCUUCCAUGACGCAGUCCAGUUUCUCUCCAGGUACUUCUCAGGUGUACAGCACCGGGAACCGGAUGUCUCUACCAACCGUGCGCUCCGGGUCUUGCGCCGAACACACUGAGCAACUAUUGGGUCUCUCCAGCCCAAUGAACUCUUACAACAACUCUUACAUGAGGCAAGCCAACUUUGCGUCAGGACUAGAUCGGUAUAUGUGAGAAACGGAUUUUUAUAGAGACAAACAACAAUAGAGCCUCAAAAUACAUUCCAUUCGAAAUAGGUGUGACACCUCUUCUUUGUUUGAAAUGCCAAAAUACAUUCCAUUCGAAAUAGGUGUGACACCUCUUCUUUGUUUGAAAUGCCAAAAUACAUUCCAUUAUUGUUCAUUUCUCAGUGCUUUUGGUUCGUUUACCUUACGUGUCUUAUUAAAUUAAUAUGAAUGUGUUCUUAAGAUGUCGUGUAGCCUAUCUGCGUGUACUUGUUUUGUCCAACAAUUCCAGUCAUUGUCACCUGUCAGAUAGAAGACUUCGUAAACAGUAUCAUUAGCCACAUAAACUGUUAUAUUUUGUGAAAAGUAAAUCGUUUAUUUGUUUGUGAAUUAUGUUGAAUAGGCCUACAUUGCUAUUUACCGUUUUUGGUUCGUGUAAUAAAUACAUUUUUUGAUAAGCA